GUAUUUUCUGUGUUGCUUUAUUUGCCAUCUUCAUUGCCAUCAAGACCAGUAUGCACCUACACCAUGGUGACAACCCCAUUACAUUUCAAGCCAUUCGUUCAGAUGAAGAUGACGUCAUCGGUUUCUUCCCCUCAUCAUUCAAAGGAGCCAUUACUUGUCUCUCUUACUGCAGUUUGACAUUUCUCUGUCAGUUCCAGCUGUUUUCCCUCGAGAAGGAGUUGAAUAGGCCAAGACAAUGGAAGUUGAAUUUUAUCAUAGUGGCGUCAAUGGUACUAGCUUACACUUUGUAUAAUAUUGUGGCUUUUUCUGGAUAUUUAAAUUUCGGUGGUCAGACACCAGAAGACAUAAUGAUUGGUUAUCCAUCCACUGAUGGUCUUGUCACAGCUCUUAGAAUAGCACUCUUCAUAACUCUCCUCUUCAGCUAUCCGAUCCUCUUCCAUCCAACCAGACUAGCUCUCAAUCGCCUUGUAUCGUACUGCUAUGAGUUGUACUCCAAUCGUGGUUCAAGUAACAAUCUUAAUUGUGAUCAAACUGAUGAAACAACUGAGCUAUUGAUAUCGUCAAGCUUGCGUUCUCGAUUGUUGAAGUACAGGAAAGAUAACACUGUUGAAAGGAAGGAAUUGAAACCAAACUGGUUGGUCUGGACGUGUGAGACGUGGGUAAUGUUUGCCGUUAGUUUUCUCGCGGCCGCUUUUAUACCAAACGUGAGUGUGGGCAGGGCUGGAAUCAAUUAAUUAACAAAUCAAUGA